CGUGACGUCACGCAAAGAGUUCGCCUUCUGCCACCCAGGACUUCGAUUCUCGCUGCGGCACGCGCGCGCCCCGGAAGCUGCCCCGACUUGGGGGUCAUGAUGGGCAGCAAAAUGGCGUCCGCCAGCAGGGUCGUUCAGGUAGUCAAGCCACAUACUCCAUUAAUAAGAUUCCCAGAUAGAAGAGAUAAUCCAAAACCCAAUGUAUCAGAAACUUUGGGAUCAGCAGGACUACCUUCUCACUCUUCUUCAAUUUCACAACAUUCUAAAGGAAGUAAAUCACCAGAUUGGCUAAUGUAUCAGGGUCCACCAGACACUGCAGAAAUAAUAAAAACAUUACCUCAGAAAUAUAGAAGGAAACUUGUAUCUCAAGAAGAAAUGGAAUUUAUCCAGCGUGGAGGUCCAGAAUAAUCGCUUAAAUGGGGCUGCUGUUUGGCAUCAGGCAAAUGAAUAGUCUUUACAAUAAAGGACUUCCAAAAUGACAAAUGAGAAAUUGCAUAUUAAACAACUUUAAUAAAUAUUCUAUAAAAAGGAAAAAAAAAGAAGGAAAUAUAGAAAAUUUAGAUGGACACUUGUAUCUCCUAUUUAUGUACCUGGUCAGCUUCUCCACAAGCUUACCUAAUUGCUUAUAUAUUAUAUACUUAUUAAAGUAUACAUUUUUAAAUG